AUGACCGCCAGCCACGGCUCAGCUCCGGCCUACUUCGGCGCUCCCCCAGAUUUAUACCCCAAGGGUGAACAACCCAUGAUGGCACAAACACGGCCGAACCCGCGUACUGCUCGCGUGCCGUACGCAUUGCAAACGACACCCAUGGACGCGAAGGUAGUAUUCGAGGCGAUGCCUACGCCGCUCAACAGACCACGGAAGCUUUCCCAGGCGUCUACUAUCACCGUUACGAGCAUCAACAGCCCUAGAGAAAGUUUCGAGACACGGUCCCGGAGUUCAUCGUACAGCAGCAACCGAACGAGCGUCGAUUCGAGGGAUUCCAGCAUGUGGCGACCCGACUACAUGUAUCAGCGACCAAGUCAGUCGACAGUGUUCAGGAAGAAGGCGAAGCCUGGCGAAAUCUUUGCAAAGCUACCCGGCGAGGUCCUGGAGCUGAUUCUGGGCGAGCUCAAGAAGGCGCAUCUUGACAACGGCAGCCAGAGCUGCGCAACAUGUUGGAUGCGGGAUCUGUGUUCGGUCAGCCUGGCGGCGAGGAAAUGGUGCAAGUUCGCACGGGUCGCCUUGUAUGAGGACAUUCAGCUUGUAGGAGCCGACUCGGCGUCUCAGAAGAAGCGGCACAAGCUCACUUUUGGCACGCGGAUGAUGCUCCUUAGACGGACCUUGAGAGCAAACCCAUAUCUCGCCGGCAUCGUCCACACAGUGAAGGUCCCCAGUCCCCCUGCUGGCAUCGCAUUGGAGGACUAUCACAAUCAGGUGGCAGCGCUGAUCAUGGCCUGUCCCAAUUUUGAGCGCCUCAUCGGUCUCCACCCCCAGUAUAACCACUCAUUCAGCAAGCUCACCCACGCGCUGUCGACUCGCAAGCGACUCAAGCACAUGGAUUGGAUCGUCGAGCCUUCCCCGUACCAAAGACAGCACCGGCUCAAGUCGAGCUCGGGCGGCAACGCUGCGGCGCUCGCCCAGCCGGCUCGCGAUUACUCGGUGACCCCCGGAGAUCUGCAGCCGCAGCAGAGCGCGGCCUUCCUCGAGUUCCACGUCGACUGGGCCCACCUCACGACGCUGACGGUCCACUGCCUCCCCGGCGCGACUCUCACCCCGGACAACCUCAUCAGCUCGGCGCUGAUGCACUUGACGUCUCUGCAGCACCUGUUCUUGUCGCGGAUGCCGCACUCUACUCUCGCUGCCCCCUUGCGUACACUAUCCCUCACGCACGUACCGGGUGUCACGAGCAGUGGCAUUUCCGCCCUGGCUACCCUUCCGACGAGCCAAGCAAUCCAGAAACUGACUCUGCGCCACAUCAACCUCGACUCCCUGCCCGCCUUGGCCCGGAUCUUCUCCAACUUCACCCACCUCGAGGCCUUUGCCCUCGUCCAGAGCUUCGCGCCCACCCUGCCCGAGGACACCUUCAUCUGGCUCAUGCCGUACCUUGCCUCGAGCUCCCUCCGCAAGCUCCACUGGGACAUCACAAGCAACACGAGCAACGCCAACGCCGCCGACUCCAUCCUCGCCCGCAGCAUCACGGCCGCUGGUUUCCCCUCACUCCGCAGCCUGCGCGCCCCCAACGACCCAGAGGGCAUCUUCCAGGCCCUCUGCCGCCCGCAGGAGAGAACAGACAGCGCGAGCGACCGCUUCCGCGGGCCCAACGGACCCGCCAGGAGCUCCUCAUUCCCCACGCCCAGCGGCAGCGCCCCUGGCUCACCGAUCAAGCACUCCCGCUCGUCCACGGCGCCGGCAUCGCCCGUGACGACGACCGAGGGGUACCGAGAAUGCAGCAACCUCCACCAUGCGCGGCUCGCGGCCCAGGCGCGGCUCGAGGCGGCGCGCGCGUUUCCGCGGUUCUUUGUCAACGUGAUUGACGAGGACGGCACGGUACUCGAGAAGCACGGGCUCGCGGGAUUUAUGGGCACGGUGGAGAGCCGCAUCACGUACAACCUGUGGCCCGACGCCGGCGCGAAAGAUGAGCGCGGCGGGCUGGUCGAGAUGGCCGACCUGAUGGCGGACAACGGCGAAGACGUCGCCGCCAGUGGGAGGGAUGGAUGCCAGGGACGAUGGAACGCAUCGCCGACGAUGCCGGACAAGAAGGACAAGGAGAGGUGGUGGCACACCGAGAGGGGUCGGUGGUACCAGCCCGAGCUGGCGUGA